CCGUCCCGGUGGACGUCCGGUGUGGUGGUGUAUUAGCUCAUGUAGGCUCGCCGGUACUGCCGGGUCGGGUCUCUUGUUGGCGACCCCGCGGUGUAUUAGCUCUCGGCCGAUUUCCAUUUCCUUGAGAAUCAUCAUAUGGAAUCUACUGAGGUGUAACAGAAGCAGUAUAGCCAGAAACUGAUGAAGUUAACACAACGUGUGAUGUCCACCUCCCGGUGUAUUUAUUCUCACUACAGGAAUGGUUCGGGCGUGGUCGUGGGCGGCUGCGGUGGGCGUCAUCGUGGCGGUGAGCGUGGUGGGCGCCGUGGGUGGGGAUGGACAGGAGAGUAACGAGAGGGAGCGACGGGCGCCCUCUGGCUUCCUGGGUAUGAGAGGGAAAAAGGACCUGUCGUCUCACCUUGUCGACACGACCGCCAGCAACCAGUACUCACUGCACGACUCCUACCCAGCUGCUGCUGCUGCCGCUGCUGCCCUCUAUGGUCUCAGGGACGACAGCGGUCCCAUGGUCCUUGCUGUGCCCUGGAGAGCCAAGAAAGCUCCCUCAGGCUUCCUGGGUAUGCGAGGCAAGAAGAGUGAUGAAGAAGUCUUUGGCGAAGCUGGCUACCACAGCGACUUGGAAACCCUGCUGAAGCGUGCACCCUCAGGCUUCCUCGGUAUGCGCGGCAAGAAAGCUCCUUCAGGUUUCCUGGGUAUGAGAGGCAAGAAAGCGCCCUCUGGCUUCCUGGGCAUGAGAGGCAAGAAACUGUACGAUGAUGACAGUGAAAUGGAUGCCUACAUCCAGGCACUAACAGCCAUGGUGGAGGGUGAACAGAAGAGAGCUCCUUCAGGCUUCCUAGGGAUGAGAGGCAAGAAGUCUCCCUACGGAGUUACUACUGACGAGGAGAUGGAGGAUAUGGCCUCCCUUGACAAGCGAGCACCUUCAGGUUUCCUGGGUAUGAGGGGCUGAGGAGACUCCUGUUACGCUCACUACUUAACUCUGUCUGGAGAUGUACACAGAGCCGCCACCCCUGCCACAUCUAGACCCACCAUAUCAGUGACCUUCCCAGCCAAGACAGCCACUUUAGUGCAGAACUUUUCUCAUUACCAGUAGUCGUUUAACCUCUUCACGUAGUUCCUCAACAGACAUUAUACAGCAAAGCAAUACUAACCAAUGUAAAUUAUGGAAAAUGUUAGUCCUUACGUAUCCACAUAAAAGCAUUUCUUCAGUAAAUCUACCAGGGAGGCGUCGUAAAAUAAUCAAGUAGUGAAACCUCUGUCUGUUUUCUUCCGCUAGUGUACUUCUCAAUUUUUUUUUUUUACACUUAUCCGUUAUAGCUGCUGAUUGUAUUUUGUGAUUGUGUCAUAGCUUUACCCCUGUUUAGUGAUAGUAUGAUAGCUGUGCCCUUGUUCAGUGAUAGUAUGUUAGCUGUGCCCUUGUUCGGUGAUAGUUGUAGCCCUGUACAUUAGUGAAGAUGUUCGAGGCUGGGAACACUGUGUGCAGGUGCACACAUCACAACAAUGUGUUAAACCUCUUUCGUGUACUCCAACUCUUCUCUCUUUCCCCUCCCUAACUAUGGGUUUUCUUGGCUGGAAUUGUAUUCUAAAAAUCUGUACAUCGUUAUUAUAGCACUAUAGUCUUGUAAAUUAUAUAGAUAAUUUAUAAAUUUAGUGACGAAACGAAAUUUGCAGUCUUGGUUAAUGACCAGGUCUUGGCUGGUUAAUGACCAGGUCUUGGCUGGUUAAUGACCAGGUCUUGGCUGGUUAAUGACCAGGUCUUGGCAAUUAUUGAAAAUAGCAAAUUGUUGUUGUUUAUGAUGCAGCUUAGAACAUUAUUCCUGGUUGUUGCUGUGUGACAAUGAACACUGUUCUUGACCCUCCCAGUUGUCUCAUCUGGCAAUAUUGUUCUUCUUUGGUUACGCUUAGUUAAAAGUGGCAGUGACCGGUAUGGAUCUAUUUGAAGUUUCUGUGGAUGGGAAAAGAAUUUUCUCUCCUUAUAAACUUCGUAUUAAUAACGUCAUUCUUGCAGUUCAUGUUAGACCCUCGCAAAUAUUUAAAUGUCUAUUUUGUAUAAAAAAAAAUGCAGCUGGUGGGGGUGCACAUCCACACGGGCAACUGUCGAAGGUCCACAUGAGGAAUCUCCUACUUAAAUUUCAAGAAACCAAAUAUGACAAAACUGUAUUACGCUAAUUUAAAUAAAAGACAAUCCUCUUAACUAAUU